AUGCCUCUGAGCCUCACUCUUCAGACCUCAUUUCUCGUGGUUGCUGUCGUGGUCCUGUUGGGUUCGUCCCCUUCGGCCGCUGUGUUCCAGCCCCAGGCUCAGGCCGCCAGCUGUCCAGCCCUCACUUGGAAGCUGCCCUGUACGUCUUACCCCGUAUUUUCGCCCCGAAACCUGGGCACCAUCGAGGGGGCCGGGCUUGUCCAGACGUUCAAUGCUGCGGAGUGUGAGCGCCUGGUCAUCCGCAACGACCGCUACAACUGCGAGAUCUCCCAGCCCUGGCACCGGUGCACCAGCGACGAGCAGUGCCCCGCGGGCGAGCUCUGCGGAGAGGGCAUGGUGCCGCAGCUGUGCGUCAAGUGCAACAUGGACAAGAUCGCCAACACCUACUACGAGUACGCCAACAUCUCCGUCAACAUCACCGCGAGCAUGCUGGCCGGCAACUUCUGGACCACGGACCAGUUCUACAACCACACCGGCGUCGAUCUCAUCCUCACCCUGGAAAGCUGGGCGUGGAGUCCGGCCAUGAACGCCCUGCUCCACGAUCGGGUGGUGCAUCAUCGUUCCACUUGGCAUGACACGUACGACAGUGACGACUUCCGCACGCUUUCGGAGAUCUACGACCAGGCCAACGCGACGCACACGCGCCAGCGGAGGGUCUCGGUGGUCAGGAGCGCCUACGACCGCCUGGACCGCGGCAAGACCCUUCUCGACACCUUCUCCGGCACCUCCUACCUCCCGGCGGCCUGA